ACAAUUGACACUUCACCGCCGCUAUUUCUUUGCAUACCAACGAGCGAAAUUUUUACAUUUUUGGAACAGGGAAGGAUUUACUCGGAUUUUCUCGGAUGUGCUCAGAUUUGCUACGACUUGCUCGGACAUGCUAGGGGUUGCAUUUUUUCUUUUUCUCACAAGUACGUGAUGGAAGGAAGGACAUGUCAGGCCGGCCAGCCAUUAUGCAUGUACGCCUCCUUUUUCUCCACGUUGCGCACAUGGCAAUAACCCCCUUUUAAAGGACUUAAAAUAAGCAUUUCCUCCCAAAGGGUUGUACGCCUUUUUUUGCGUCGAAGGGUGGGGGGGGCUCUGCACACUGUGCCAUAUGCAUGCACACAAAGCGUGGCUGUGUGUGUAAAUUGGCCUGAGGGCUGGAUAGUUUAAGACCACAGGAGAGAGAGUCACCAUGGAGUUGUCGAUAGACGCGCUGAAGGAGAAGUUCCUCAACAUGAACAGCGACAUCGAGCUCAUCGAGCGAAAGCUGAAGGACGAAAUGUGCAAAAUGUACGAAGAUGACAUAAACCCGUUCCUAAUUCUUAACGACUUUGAAAAUAUAAAAAGCGAGCUACACAGAAUCAACAAAGAAUUAAACGUCCUCUAUGAACGAAAAAAAAUGAGCAUACAGUACAUGCACAGGCAAAUGCAAAAUUACAAUUUUUUGCUCAACUUGGAAAAUAAUUUAAAUAUUACUUCCAAGGAGUUUAUGAAUUAUCACAACUCGGAAAUUAUUUUAAAUAAUUUUUUUUACGACAACAUAAAGAAAUUUUUGCUCAACAUAAAUUACGAUGAAAUUAACGAGUUGUUACAGCUGGACCAUCUGCAGAAAUGUGUGGACAGCAAAGGGGAACAAACAAGUGGCAACAACUUAAGCGAUUUAGGGAAGGAAGCAGCGAACGGGAAACCUGCGCUGUGUGACUCGGCCAGUUAUAAAAACUACGGAAGUAGUAGCGAUUUGAAGGAUAACGAAAAAAGGGGGAUGCUGAAUAACGGAAACGUCGCAGAGGACAGCAAAAACGAACAGGUGAACAAAGGAAAUGCCACCGAUAAGGAGAGCUUGUUUUGCCCCAUCGACGACGCUACCUUCCAGUCCGUCCCCGCGCUCAUUCGACGGAGAGCCAAGUUGGACGACAUCAACCUGAUAUACAAGUCUCUGUACGACAUGGCCAUAAAGAAGGGCAGGUGA